AUGCAUCCUACCCACAAAUAGUAAAAAUCCUAGAAAAUCUCUGCUAACGGUCUUUCUACCAUCAUGAAUGAGUGCGAUGAUUUCUUCAACUAAAUGACCUCGGAAUUCCAACAUGUUGAUAAUAUUUUCAAACCAUCUAUAGGGAUUCAAAAUUCUGGGAAAAAGAAUGAUUCUUUUCAAAAUAAUUAUGAUUUCCUGGCAGCAGAUGAUGGCGCUAAUGAUUCAGAAGAUGACUAUUCUCAAGAUUUAUCACAUGAAAAGUCAAAUUUAAACAUAUCAGCCAAUAAAUAAUCAUACUAAAAAAUUUCCAAGACUGCAGCUAGUCCAAUUAACAAGAGUAAGGGAAGUCCCAACUUUAACCAGCUAGAUAUGGAAGAUCCUACAGAUGAGACAAAUUAUCGCUCCUCACCUCCCUAAAAUAAAGAUGAAAGAGAUAUUCUUCAGGACUAUCUCGGAGAUAAUAAGCAGAGGUAGAAGAGCGCAAAAAAGGUAAAUAUGAUGGAUGAGUACAUGAAGAUGUUUAACAAGCAACAACCAAAUUAAUUGUUAAACAACAACAAAGCAGGAAAUUUCACAUAGCCAAUCACUCCUUCAUAGAAGCAAAAUUAGCAGCAGAAUUAUUUCCUAUUCAAUGAAAACGCUAAUUCUUAGAUUUAGGAUUUGAAAGCUGGAAGCUAAAACAACGAAACAGCCGAUGAUGAAUUAGAUAGUGCUAUCAUUAAGAUAACAGAUCACUUAGCCUCUUUCGGAUUUCCAGAUCCAGGUAAUUUAAGAUCCAAUAAGAAAAAGGAUGUAAGAAAACGCAUUAAGUGCCUGGUAUAAUUACUAAAGCAACGUCAAAGAGAUCUAGAUUAUCGCCAGUAAUAUGAAGGCAAGAUGAUCAGACUUCAAUAAGAUAGAGAUAUGUAUGAAUAGAAAUACAAGUAAGCUUCGACAAAAGUUCAAGAAUUAGACAAGGAAAAAUAUGCUCUCUAAUUAUAGAUAAAAGAUAAAACUAAUGAGGUAAAAAAUACAAUAGAUAGACAAAAGACCCUUAGUAAAGGCCAUACUGAGGUUAAUGUUAAACUUGAGUAAAGAGUUAAUUUAUUGAGCAUUGAAAUUAAGAAAUUAGAAACUAAAAAUACAAAACUUUAAGAUCAAAUCAAAAGAUUAAUGGGAAUUGAUAAAUGCCAAUAUAGCAACAGUAUUGAAGCAACUUCAAAAGCCAUUAAUGGCCAAAACAUCUUCCGAAACCUUCCUGAAAAAGAAUAUUCUGAGUAAAUACAAAAAGGAAACAGUAUUGUCUAAGAUCGAUUAUUAUAAGAAAAUCACCAUUUGAAGGAUUGCUUACUCUUAAUCCAUUAAAGCCUUAAGGGUAUAAUGGAUCAGCAUUUUGUGCCUUUAUUUAAGCUUUCACCAGCUUAGAUUCCAGUGAGCCUCCUGGAUGAAUUGGGCUUUUUAAAGAACAAUCAAUUCAAAUUAGAGCAAGUUAUCACUCCUCUGAUGCUAAAUAUUCCUCAGAAUACUUAAUCGCUAUCAAAUAUGAUUAAGUUAUUCAAUGAAAACUUAAAGAAGAUUGAACACUUCUACAUUGAUAUCCUUAAUCCCCUUAAUAUUUGUCAGAUCAUCUUAGAUAUUAAUAACUUAUUGGCUGAGAAAAGUGCUUUAUCCAAAGAUGGGUAAUCUAUUGUGUAUACUCCAAUUACCACAUAUGAGGAAUUGAAGUAGAUUAUAAAAUCUAGUACCAUUCAGAUUAAUUUGCUUGGGUCUAAUAAUAACUAGAAUGCUACUAAUAAAGCCAAUUAAGAUGGAGAUAAUGGUGCUGAAAGAGGUAGAUAGAGUAAUGUGAACAAACCCCAUGCUACUAGCAAAUCAAGAAAGAAGUGGUCUGAAUAAAAUGAUGGGAACAAAUCUCCUGAAAAUCCAAUCAGCAAAGUUCAGUUCUAAAAGCCAAAACAACAGCAAGAAUAGGUAAAUCUUGCAAGGAGAAUGUUUUAAAACACCUCAAGUUUCCAUGGAAACCCCAACUAUGAUGAAUGA